ACCCACACCAGUGAGCGUAAAGACUGGGAGCCAUGAAGUGCGUGGCUCUGGUGGCGUCUGUGGCUGCCCUCAUCGUGGGGGCGGCUUCAGAGGCUACGGUGACCGGGAGAAGCCCGUAUUGGCUGGGUGAUGCAGGCGGUGUGACACUCUAUGUCUAUGGCUAUGAUUUCAGCGAGGACCAGUUCAGCCGGUUUGACCCUUCCCUUGGAAAUCGAGUCUCCUUGGUGAAUGAAGAAGAUGAGAUUGAGUGUAAAGUUAUCGGCUACCUUUCUUCAACUAGCAAGAUUACCUGCAGUACUGGGCCUCGUCUUAAGCCCAGCGUGAGUCGUGUGUACAACAUCUUGGUGUACGUAGAUGGAGUGCUCACUGCGGGCUCUAACCAGCAGGAGGUGCAGUAUGGUUACUGGGUGGCGCCGACAAUCCGCAGCGUCACGCCAAGCUGGUCACUGCCAGGACAGGAGGUGUCGUUCUUUGGCUGGAUGCACACCAACAGAUACUACAAGGUGGAAUAUGGUGACCCUCUGGAGGAUAAUCCAGACGCUGGCACUGUUAUCACAAAAGUCUUCCUUGGUGGUGUUGGAUGUGACAUGACGGAUGAAAAUGAGGAACUUCUCGGCACUCUGACCUCCAAUGACCUGACCUGUCUCCCUCAAGCCAAACUGAUCGGCCCCAUGAAUGCCUCUGUCUUUGUGACCAACCGAGGGGCAUCCAAAACUGACAUAUAUGGGAUGAAAGUGGACCGCCAUGACAAGCUCUUCCAAUACCACACUUAUCCAGGUGUGAGCAGUGUGAGUCCAGCCAGUGGGUCAACGGAGGGCGGCACGCUAAUCACUAUUGACGGUGUGGGCUUUGACCCUUACAUGCAGCAGACAAAGGUAGAGGUGGGCGGAGUGGAGUGUGCCGUGCAGGAGAUCAACGACGUGCAGAUCCAGUGCCUCACUCCAGCCCAGGACGAGACCUCUGCUGGCCCAGGUGAGCGAGGGCUGCUGGUGGAGCUGUACGAAGGCGAAUACUUUGAAGCAGAGUUCUGGACAGAGGAGAGCUGGACGGCCCUGUCUCCCUCACAUGCCGGGUACAAGUCCUUCGUGCCUGAGGAAACGAUGCUCCUGUUCCCUGUUGAGAUUACCCAGGACACUGUGGGCAUUGUGACAGGUUACUUCCAUGCACCCCACGACGGCCUCUAUGCAUUUGCGGCCGCCACUGAGGACCACAACAUGAUUUUAUUGGCAUCAGAUGGGAACCCUGAUAACAAGGUCAGGGUCAACCACUGGGAGGAGGUCACCUUGAUGCAGGACAUCCCAACAUACAUUGAAGUUCGCUUGCGUGCAAAAGCCACCUUUGAGUUCAGGCUCAUUGUGAAGGACUUAAACUCAAAAUUCGUGCGCAGCCAGACAACACAGGCUAACAAUGAGAGGCACAGAGUGAGGUUCGACAUCAAGGAAGCGUUUGAGAAGCAGAAGAUUGUGAUUGAGAGGGCGGAGGGGGACACGGCGCCAGUCACUGGUACCCUCUUCAUGAAUGGCAUUUCCUCUGCCCCUGUUGAUGUGUCUGAUUCUGCCAUGGUUCGGGAGCAGCUGCUGGACAUGACAGAGCAGAAGUGUGAGGUGGACCUGAGUGCCCUGGACAGCCGGCACCACCAUGGCUUUGAGGACGACACUAAGCCACCAGGAAUUCUUGGAGGCUUUGUGGUGGACAAGAUGCCUUACUGUGGGAGGAAAGUAUUUGCACUAAGAAGAUCCGACCCAAGGAUCUACAGAGAGACUGACCAAAGUUUGAUGGUGAACGCAAACAUCCAUAAAUAUCUGUGUUUUGCCGUCUCUGGAAAUCUGGAGUCUCACAUGGCCAUCAACUUUAUGUGGCGUGAUGACCGAGGGAGAUUAAGAGACAACACAUUUUGGUUCGAGCAUUCCUUUUCUUCCAGCAGCCUCUCCUGGACCUACACGUGUCUGGACUUUACUGAAGUGAUGGAGAACUCCUGGGCCGGCUCUGAGCAUAACGACGGGGACAAACUGCUGGUGAAGAACAUUGUACUCCCCAAGCCUCUGGGACCCACUGAUGAGGUGUACAUUGAUGAGGUGGUGUUCCUCAGUGCUGCAACUACUGUGACGCAGACCCGCCCAUCUGCCCUCAAGAUGCAAGGAAUUCUGGUGGAUGAUGUGGUAGUGGAGGAUGAGGUGGAGAACGGUUACUCCCUGAAGUUUUUGACCACAAAUUGCAUGGCUGGAAUGCCCCUGCUGGCCGCCUUUGAUGGGGAAGCGGACAACUCCCUCAUCGACACUCUGGCCACUGCUCAGAGCUAUGACUUCCCCAUCGGCACCACCACAGUGAAGAUCAACAGAGAGACAGCCGCCACCAGCCCUCUUGGUGGGACCUGGGACAUCACCAUUCAGGGCCAGACUAUCAGUGACAUAGCAGCAGAUGUACACCCAAGCACCCUGGAGAGCUAUCUAGAGAGUGCCCUGGGAACUGAAUUCUCUGUGACUCCUGGAGGAACCUGCAGGAACUAUUACUACAAAAUUGAGUGGCUGCAGGACCCCGGCAAGAAGGACCUGGUGGUGGUGGACAGCUCUUCCCUUGUGUUUGAUGGGUCAGAGGUGGACACCAUAGUGACCCUAGACCAGGAGGGGAAGGUGUGGCACAACCCUCUUGCUGCUGACUUCGUGACCACUCAUAGAGCCUCUCCUCAUGUAACAGUAGAAGUGAAUGGUUACUUUGCUGCCUGCCUUGGUGACUGUGGCUUCACCUACGAUGACACCACCACCCCCACACUGACCAGUGUCUCCGGUACUCCAGGUGAGGGGAUGCAGCACAUCCUCACCCUGAGCGGCACAGGCUUCAGCAGCAGCACUCUGGGUGACUACAGUGUGAGUGUGGGGCCGUGGUCCUGCUCCCCCACAGCCGUCAGCACCACAGAGCUCACCUGCACGGUGGACCUGUGGGGUGGCAUGCACCCCGUGACACUCAGCAUGCAGCCAGCCGGCAUGGCACUCACCCCCUCCCCUGUAACCUACGAGGUGCCUGUCACUGUCACAGCGCUCAGCAUCACUGAGGGCGGCACUGGUGGCCAGUAUCCCAUCCUGGUGACUGGCACCGGCUUCCCAGACAGUGCUGGGUGGAAUGCCGGCAGUGCCACUGUGACCAUGGAUGGCAAUGAGUGUGAAGUGACCUCUGGUGACCCCACAGAGGUGACCUGCAUAGUGCCUGCUGGUGAAGGUGUGGUGGACGUGGUGGUGGAUGUGGGCGGUACCUCUGGCUCCCUCCCUUCCUCCUUCACCUACGACGCCUCACUCUCACCCACCAUCACCACCCUCUCCCUCAGCGUCUUCUCCCUCUUUGGACAAGAGGAGCUCAUCAUAACAGGGAUGAACUUUGGCUCUUCAGGAUCAGUUAAUAUCGGGUCAGAGCUGUGUGACGUGACGGAGUGGGAUGACACCAGUGUGACCUGCCUCACCCCAUCACUCUCAGCUGCUAGCUACACCCUCACACUUUUUGCUGAUGGUGUUGGUGCUGCUACUAGUGAGGUGCUGUACGAGAUGCAGGUGACCUCAUCCUCAGCUACACGGGGGUCAGUGAAGGGUGGCACGCUGGUCAAGCUGGGCGGCACGGGCUUUGGCUCAGACUGUUCACGCCUCAAGGUGAAGCUGGGUGACCUGUAUGAGUGUGAGGUGCUGCAGUGCUCCAACGAGGCCCUCACCUGCAUCACCAGGCCCACCACCACCAACCACAAGAUUGUCAAUGUGGCUGGCAACUCUGAGGACAGUGUGGUGUGGUCUCCCAAGGUGCUGAAUGUGAUGGAGGGGGACACAGUAACCUGGCAGUGGAGCAAACUGUCUGACAACUCACAGCUGCAGUAUGGAGUGUGUGAGGUGCCCAGCCCAGUGGACGGCUGUGAGGAUGCUGAUGGCUCUGGCUUCUACUCAGGUGCCCAGACUCUUGCAGGUUCCUUCAGUGUGACAUUCCCACAGCAGGGCAGCCACUACUAUGCUGGCCCCGUGAUGGCAGGUGGCCUGGUGAUGCGUGGCCAGAUCAAUGUGGUGCGGCCGCCCCACCAGGCCCUCAGGGUGGCUGUGAUGUUGGGGGACCAGGAGGCCAAUUACCAGGUGGACGGGAGUGAGGUGGUCACCGUGAGUGGCUGUGACCCCAUCCUGGAGACACCUCUGGAUGGGUGUGACCUGCCCGACCUGACCAUACCCGAUGAUGGAAACCUGUACUUCCAGUUCCACACCUGCUACACACCUGUGGUCACUGCCCUGGCCCCAUCCACCACACACACUGUGGAGGGCCUCAGUGCCCUGGAGGUGGUGGGUGGCGACUCUCUCACCAUCAGUGGCUCAGGCUUUGGUGACCUGGCUUGCCAAGUGGAGGUCAGUGUUGGUGAUGCAUCCUGCAGCGUGACCUCUGCCUCUGACACUUCAGUGACCUGCGACCUGGAUGACCUGGAGAACCUGAGGUCGGGUGCCUACCUGCCCGUCACUGUCAAGGCAAUCAACAGGGGUGUGGCGAUGACAAACAUUGCGGACUUCAAGAAUGAGGGUCGUGUGGUGGUGGUGCCAGAAGUCACCUCCCUCACCCCCACAGAAGGCUCCCUGGGUGGUGGCACUCUGCUCACCAUCAGUGGCUCUGGUCUGCAGGGCCUAGCAGCGUCCCCUGUGGUGCUGCUAGGAGGCCAGGCCUGUGUGCUGCAGGAUGUGUUCUCCACCACAGUCACCUGCCUCACCCCACCCUCUGACUCUACCACUACAGUCACCCUUGCCCUGAUUGUGGCUGGCGUGCCAGCCAAGAUGGACACCCUGACCUUCACCUACAGUGAGGCACUCACCCCUGUGGUGAGCAGCAUGGCUGUGGAGGGCGAGGUGGUGACCCUGUCUGGCCAGAACUUUGGCACUGACAACUCCAAGGUCACCGUCACUCUGGUGCGCCAGACUGACUCCCGCAGCGACCAGGAGACGCAGGCCCAGGAGGACCUUAGGAUGGAGGAGACCAUGGAGGACCUGAUUGAUGAUGAUAUUGAUUUCUUCCUGGACGACGAGCUGGAGCACCUGGCCCAGGGCUACCUGUCCCAGACAGAGGCCCAUGAUGCAGUGCGUGGGGAGAAGUCCUGGCGCCGCCUCAGACGCAGGGCACAGCUGACCCUGGUGGAUGUGUUGGAGGUCCCCGAGGGAUUCUGGGGAACCUUCACCGGCACUGGGGCGGCCACCUUCCAUGAGACGCUGCAGCUGGGGGCCUGGCGCAUGGCUGGCACUGCCCCCCUCCCCCGCACCAAGGACCACAGCCCCCGGGAGGCUCACACAUACCAGAGACAGUCUGAUCUGCCCACCACCUACUCCUGCACCAUCACCUCCCUCAGCCCCACUGAGGCAACCUGCACUGUGGACAGCCUGCCUGCCGGCUCCUACAGCCCUGAGGUGGCUGUGGCUGGGGCUGGAGAUGCCCUGGCCAGCGGCGUGACCUCUGAUGCUGUGCCCGUGGUCUCUUCCAUUAUGCCAGAGUCCGGCAGCACCAAUGGUGGCGCAGUACUGGUGGUGGCCGGUUCAGGCUUCAUCCCUGGCUCCACGACAGUGACAGUGGGCGGUGCUGACUGCACUGUGCUGAUGGAGGAGGCCAACCAGAUCUCCUGCCGCUUACCACCUGGCACUGAGGGGACAGCGGCAGUGGUGAUCAGUGUGGCUGGCAGUGAUGAUGUGACAGCUGCCACGGCCUUCACCUAUUCCGUGGCUCUCACCCCCACGCUGGACAACGUCACGCCCUCUGCUGACGUGACCAGCGGUGCCACCCUCACCCUCACCGGCACCGGCUUCACCCUGUCUGUGGGUGACCCUGAGGUCAUCAUUGGGGGCGAGAGCUGUGCCCUGAAUUCCCCUGCCUCUGCCACCUCCCUCCAGUGCACCGCCCCUGCACUAGGUGGAGGGAGCCAUGAGGUGGUGGUGAGGGACACAACGUAUGGUGACUCCAACACCCUCACCAUCUCCUUCACCUUCUCCAUCACUUCAGUCACUCCCUCCUCAGGGAGCUUUGGUGGUGCUGAGGUCGCACUGGCAGGCCAAGGCUUUGACCCAGCUGGUGGCUCUACAGUGACCUUCUGUGACCUACCCUGUGACCAUGUGAGCAGCGAUGGCACCACAACUGUGACCUGUGUGGCACCAGCCCAGCCAAUCAGUGACUCGGCGGUGGCAUGUGACGUGGUGGUGAGCAACCCCGACGGUUCAUCGGCCAGCCUGGCAGGUGGCUUCACCUACCAGCCGGCCCUCACUCCCUCCCUCACCAGCGUGACACCCCAGCGAGGUGGCACUGCUGGCGGCACCACCCUCACCCUCACCGGCACUGGCUUUGGGUCGAGUGGCAACACAGUGAGCAUUGGUGGGUCAGAGUGUGUGGUGACCUCAGAGGGGUCCGACAGCAUCACUUGUGUCACCGAGGCUCACCAGGGGCCGGGUCAGUUCUCAGUUGAGAUCACUGUCCCUGGAAAAGGCUUGGCGGCAACUGAUGAAAAUGGGAUCUUCUUCUACAUUGACCUGUGGAGCUCACCCUUCACAUGGGACAAUAAGCCACCACCGUCAGAGGGCCAGCUUGCUGUGGUGACUGAGGGCCAGACGCUGCUGCUGGAUCAGUCAACACCAGUGCUGAAGAUGCUGCUGAUCCAGGGAGGCCAUGUGGUUUUCGACGUGGAGGCAGUGGAGGAACUGGUGCUGCGGGCGGAGUAUGUUCUGAUUGUGGAGGGUGGUUCUCUCAGCAUUGGGUCCGAGGAGGAAGGCUUCCCUGGCGAGGCCGUCAUUGAGCUGUAUGGCAACACACACUCUGUUGAGUUGCCCAUGUAUGGUGCCAAGGUUUUGGCAGUGCGGGAUGGUACACUGGACCUCCACGGCAGACACAUCCCCAUCACCUGGACCCACCUGGCCCAGACAGCUGCUGCAGGGGACACCACCCUCACCCUGGCCCUGCCCGUCACCUGGAGGCAGGGAGACCAGAUUGUUAUUGCGACCACGGAGAAGAGGUUCUCCCUCAAUGAAAAUGAAGUGAGAACCAUCGCGUCAGUCUCCGAGGACGGCCUGGAGGUCACCCUAACUGAGGCACUGGAGCACACCCACAUCUCCCUCACCCAGACUCUCGGAGGACGCACCGUGGAAACGCGCGCUGAAGUGGGUCUCCUUACCCGCAACGUUAAGAUCCGAGGGAACAUUAACUCCGACUUCACUGAGGUUAUCCAAGGGUGUGGUGAACUGUGGACCCCUGACCAAUUUGACACCCAGUCCUGUUUCAAUGGUCGGUUUGGGGAUGAGAUUGGCAGCGACCAGUUUGGCGCCACGGUGAUGCUGUUUGGGAAGUAUCCUGACCAAGACUUGGUGAAGGGGCAUAUUGAAUACGUGGAGGUGACCGAGGCAGGCCAGGCCUUCCAACUGGGACGCUACCCACUCCACUUUCCACAUGGUUGGUGACGUGACUGGCUCGUACAUCCGUGGUUGUGCUGUCCACCGCACCUACAACCGCGCAGUGACAAUCCACGGGGCGAACAACCUGCUGGUGGAGCGCAACGUGGCAUACGACAACAUGGGACACGCCAUCUUCACGGAGGACGGCGUGGAGCAGAACAACGUGGUGCAGUACAACUUAGCCGUGUACACCAGGACCU